UGAUUCCCUCAUUACAUUUUCAGCACUUGUUUUUUAAUAUGGCUAACAUGCAAACUCCAAGAUCUCCCCUUCAACUUCCAACUCGUGGAAACCAGAUCACUGUUCUUAGCAUCGAUGGAGGUGGAAUAAGAGGCAUUAUACCAGGAACUAUCCUUGCCUUUUUAGAGUCUGAGCUUCAGAAGCUGGAUGGUGCAGAUGCAAGGCUUGCGGAUUACUUUGAUGUGAUUUCAGGGACUAGCACUGGCGGCCUCGUGACGGCUAUGCUAGCUGCACCGAAUAAGCAAAACCGCCCUUUGUUUGCUGCUAAAGACAUCAAUGACUUCUACCUUGAGAACUGCCCUAAAAUAUUUCCUCAAGACAGCUCUAAAUUUGCCUCGGCUGCAAAUCUGGUAAAGACUCUGAGAGGACCAAAGUAUGAUGGCAAAUUCUUGCAUAGUAUUGUCAAGGAAAAGUUGGGAGAUACAUGGUUGCACCAGACAUUGACAAAUAUUGUGAUCCCUACUUUUGACAUCAAGCGCCUCCAGCCAACUAUCUUUUCUAGCUAUAAUGUGAAGAAUAACCCAUCAACGGAUGCCCUUUUGUCUGAUAUCUGCAUUGGAACUUCAGCUGCCCCGACUUAUCUUCCUGCCCAUUAUUUUGAAACCAAGGAUCCAUCGGGCAAAGUUAGAGAUUUCAAUCUUAUUGAUGGUGGUGUGGCAGCAAACAAUCCAACUUUAGUUGCCAUCAGUGUGUAGCAAUUGUCAACAUUUUUGUCAACCUUUCUCCAACCACCAUGACUUUUGUCAUUGUAGUAGUUGGUUCUGCACAUGGGUUGCUGUCAAUGCUUCUCCAUUCACCUAUAAAGAGAGAGACGGGAGAGAGUGCAGUAGAGGAAGAGUGCAGUGUGUGUGCAGAGGAAGAAGAGAGAGUGCAACUGUGAGAGUGAAAGAGUGCAGAUUUGAGAGAAACACCGAGUGUAAGAGUAAAACACUGGGUUUUGUGGGAUUGUACUGGGUUGAGUUGAGUGUUUGUAUCAUUCCUCCAAUAAUAUACAAUCUGUUGCCUCCGUGGACGUACCCGGUUUUGGGGAACCACGUAAA